UGUUACAAUGGCUUAUCCACCCAGUCAAGUUAUGUAUUCACCAGUAAUGCAGUCCCCCCCAAUGCAGCCCCCUGUAAUGCAGCCCCCCAUGAUGCAGCCCUCCAUGAUGCCCCCCAUGGUGCAGCCUCCAAUGAUGCAGCCCUCCGUAAUGCAGCCCACCAUCGCAUACGGACAACAGCAACCACUUUUAUAUGGAAUGCAGACCCCACCAAAUAUUCCUGGAUAUGAGGGAAUUGGCGGUGGGUUUCUUCCUCCUCCGCCUAUCCAACCAAUGCCAACUCCUGAAUCACAGCCAGCACAAGACUGGAAUAUUCCUGCUCUUAGCAAGGAAGCGGCCCAAAAGGUUUUCCAUGAGUAUGUAGAAAGCAAGUGCUGUUAUUCAUCUACUCCAGCUAGAGAUGGCGUCAUUACGAAUGUCGAAGCGUUCAACACCUACCGAUAUCGUAUGGAGACCUUUACAGAAUCCAGACAAACUAAGUGGGACACGAAGCCUUAUGAUGGUGAACCAUCAAAAAGCCAAACACUGGUUGUGCCAAAUCCAUGGGAAAUCCCAGUUAAAGUGCCUGCCAUGUUUACUAACCAUACCCAGGAAGUCGCAGUGCCGAAUACCUCGUCAGUCAAGCAAUGUGAGACAUGUACGGCCUCAGGAAAAUGUGUGUGCCCCCAGUGUAAUGGAGCCAAGUAUAUAACAUGCACUUUGUGUAAAGGCUCUGAGCAUCGUCCUGAACAGCAAACCUGUAUAAAGUGCAGUGGACGUGGCAAAUCAUCGUGCUCUAAGUGUCUAUCCAGCGGAGAAGUUGAAUGUGAUACCUGCAAAGGGAAAAAAAAGCUAACAAUGUAUAUCAAGCUUACAGUGGAAUGGAAAAACAAUACUGAUGAUUUUGUAGUGGAGCAGUCAAGUGGUCUGGAUAAAAGUAAACUCAGUGAAGUUAAUGGGAAAACAGUCUUCAAAGAUACCAAUUUGAUGGUAUAUCCUUUGAGUCGGUUCCCAGAACGUAAUUUGGCUGAAGCAUCUGAAAGAAUAGUCAACGAGCAUUACAAAAAAUUUUCCCAGACAGGACGCAUCAUGCAGCAGCAACAACGUAUUGAGCUGAUUCCCAUCAAUAAGGUGACAUACCAGUGGCAGGGAAAAGACUAUGUUUACUUUGUUUAUGGCAAUGAGCAAAAGGUCAAAGCAAUCGACUAUCCUGAGACAUGUUGCUGCACUAUAAUUUAAAAACACAGAAACCGUGUAAAAGUCCUAGAUAAGUGUCAUUCCCCUUCACAAUUAUCAUUAACAUUUAAUAGAAUAGCUAAAUAGCUUGGUAAAAAAAAACUCUUAAUUAGCAUUUAUAGCGAAUUUAGGAGUGUUGCCAUGUUUUGCAUAAUAUGUUUGCUUAUUAAGUUUUGCCCUGAAGCUACAAGGGUAAAUCUUGCCAUUAUAAUUUAGAAAACAUUUAAUUAGGGAUACAAUAAAAUGUUAUAGAACAUUUACAAAAGCAACAUUUUGUAAACAGCAAAAAACAUUAUAUAAUUCAGCCCAUUGAUCCCCAGUCUUAUCCUUAACUCAAGUAUAACUUAAGCAUACUUUCUAUGCAGGGUUUCCUUUGGGUUCUCUAAUGUUCUCACAGCUUUCAAAAACAUUCCAGUGAAUAGGUUCUAGACUCAGUUACACAUCCACUAUGACCCCUGACCAGAAUACUGUAAUGUGGUUACAAUCAAUUCAAGUUUCAAGAUUCAAAGAACUUUAUUAAUCCUAGAGGGAAACUGCUUCAAUGGAGGAAUUAAUGCUAUUGGAACAAUUUUAUGCAGAUUUUGGCCUUAUUUAUGGAUAUGAUGAUGUCUG